AUGUCAGUUUACCAUUUACCAACGCUGUUGAACCCGCUGGUUAAUGCUAUAUUUAACUGUCCCGAACCAGAAAGAUCCCCAUUGAAAAAGCUUUUCGCUAAUUUAAAAACCCGUAGGUUUAUCCUCCUAGCACCUCCUUCAGAAUACCUUUUGAAUUACCACGAUGUCAAGAGCAAACUGCCGUUACAUGACCUCUGUUAUAAUGCAGAGUUUAUUAACUCUUACAUAUUGUUAAUGACUGAAAACUCUUACAUAAAUACGAAUUCAAGGGACAGUCAUUAUGAAACGUUAGAUGGUAAGACCGUUGUUAUUCAAUGGAAGAAUAAUGUGAUCCAUGCCUUAAAUGGAUUUCAUAUAAGGCGAAGACUAAAGAUUCUAGAGACAAAAAUAUUACCCAAUUUUAAUGACUACUUUGAAGGGGCGGCUGAUUUUAUCAUACUAUUCAUAGAUCAACCUUUAAAUUGCGAAUUUGUACCUAACGACUACUUACAGUGUUUUCACAAUUAUGAGAAAAUACCAAAAAAUGCACAUGCUAUGCCAAAUCUGUCGAUAGAUUCUUUUCAGCAAGAAAGAUCGUCAUUCGAGAAUAUAUUGCACAUUCAUCCUGCUCGAUUAACACAGCUUGGCCAAUUGUUUUCGAGUUACAGAACGCUCGCUCCUGGUGAUGAUCCAUCUAGAAGUAUUUUUGAAAGCAUCGUGCAACAAGCAUUUGAUGGAAUGAAAUCGGAUUCACUUUUCAAGAACUUUUCUAAUCUUUACGAUCUUAUACACGACUAUUUUGAACUAAAUCUUUACGAUGAUAUAUGGUCUAGGCUUACUACACAUUUCAAAGGCCACGAAGUAGACACUGAAAAAAUAAAUAUUUUUCAGUGA